UUUCCGCACGUCUUGAACACAUCACGCGUGUCCACUUUAGGGACCGCCUCUUCCUCGGACACGUCACCAGUCGCGCAGCCCACGGCGAGCAGCCGUUUGUCUUCCUUGAGGCGUCGAGUGACAAAAAAAAAACGCUCCCGCGCGGCCUCCGCCUCGUUUUAGGUGAACUUUACCUCAGUCGCGAGCGGCCCACCCCGCCCGCCGCUUGACCGUCCACCCCCGGGGGGGUUCCGGCGGCUUUCUCGGCUAGAAAAGUGUCGUCCUUGAGGCGGAGGGGGCGACGACGUCGAGUCAGAUGAAGGUGAAGCGCUCCCGGGCGCGUGUUCCAAACAUCUGCGGUGCGAGCGGCGGGCGGGCACCAUGACAGGAGACGCGGUGGUGCGCACUGGGCUGGCGUGGAUCAAGCAGGCGGUGGGCCGGGUCACGGCGGGAAGCGUGGCCGGCGGAGGGAGCUUCCAUGCCGGGUCGGCGAGGGAGACGUUGCGCAAACGGCAGGAUUUCCGCGGCUAUUCCUCCCUCGCCGGCAGGCCCGACGACGGAGGCGAGGCCCGCGGAACCGGCGCCGAGCGGCCCGGCUGGCGCCCGGCGCGCGGCCCCCGCCGGGCGCUGACGCAGGGCAAGCUGACGGCGGAGGACCUGGACAAAGCGAGAAGCGCCAAGAAAGCUCAGCCCAAGCCCUACAAGCAAGCGCUGAGUGAGAACGCACGAGAGAGGAAAGUGCCGGUCACCCGGAUCGGACGCCUGAUGAGUUUCGGAGGCUUGGCGGUUGGGCUUGGCCUCGGCGCCAUCGCGGAAGUGGCCAAGAAGACGUUCAACCCUCAACACAAACAAGGCAUUAAAAAGUCGGUCCUGGACUCCAACGCCUUCCUGUCCGAAGCCAACGCCGAGAGGAUCGUGCGGACGCUGUGCAAAGUUCGGGGGGCUGCGCUGAAACUGGGACAGAUGCUCAGCAUCCAAGACGACGCCUUCAUCAACCCUCAGCUGGCCAAAAUCUUCGAGCGGGUCCGCCAGAGCGCCGACUUCAUGCCCACCAAACAGAUGACGAAGGCGAUCGGCGCCGACCUGGGCCCGGACUGGCGCCAGCGGCUGGAGUACUUCGAGGAGAAGCCGUUUGCCGCCGCCUCCAUCGGUCAAGUGCAUCUGGCCAGGCUGAAAGACGGAAGAGACGUCGCCAUGAAAAUUCAGUAUCCUGGCGUGUCCAAGAGUAUCGACAGCGACGUGAACAACAUCAUGGCGGCGCUCAGCUUAAGCAACGCGUUGCCUGAAGGUCUGUUCCCCGAGCAUCUGAUUCAGGUCAUGAGCAGAGAGCUGGCGCUGGAAUGCGAUUAUGUCAAAGAGGCCAAAUCUUGCACAAAGUUCCAAGAGCUGCUUAAGGACCACCCGUUCUUCUACGUGCCCGACGUCAUCGAGGAGCUGAGCGGCCGCCGCGUGCUCACCACCACGUUGGUGUCCGGCUUCCCGCUGGACCGGGCCGUCGACCUCCCCCAGGAACUCAGGAACGAGAUUUGCGAGCAAAUCCUGAUCUUGUGCCUGAGGGAACUUUUCGAGUUUCGCUUCAUGCAGACCGAUCCCAACUGGUCCAACUUCUUCUACGACCCGGACAAGCACAAGGUGGCGCUGUUGGAUUUUGGCGCCACCAGGGAUUUUGACAAAAGCUUCACUGACAUCUACAUCGAGGUUAUCAACGCAGCCGCAAACCAAAACCGAGACGAAGUCCUGCGGCGAUCCCGAGACAUGAAAUUCCUCACCGGAUUUGAAUCGAAGGCGAUGGAGAGCGCCCACGUGGACGCCGUGAUGAUCCUGGGCGAGGCCUUCUCGUCGACGGUGCCGUUCGACUUCGGCGCCCAGAGCACCACGGAGCGCAUCCACCGCCUCAUCCCGGUGAUGCUCCGCGAACGGCUCACGCCGCCGCCCGAGGAGACGUACUCGCUGCACCGCAAGAUGGGCGGCUCCUUUCUGGUCUGUUCCAAGCUCAAGGCCCGGGUGGCCUGCGGGGACAUGUUCCGAGACGCCUACGCGCGAUACUGGCGGGACGGACGGCCCGCCGCUUGAAGCCAUUUUCCCCCCCGCCACAAUUUUCACACGCACAAUUGAUUGAUUGAUUGCCGCCAAACGUGGCCUUGAUGUGGAUUAUUUCACAUACUUCUGCCUUAUUAUGGGAUGACAAAGGUGCAUGAAUGCUUUAAAUUAAUAAAGUGUCAGUUUAUUUGUACAAAAAUGA